AUGGCCCCCAUCCCGCGGGCCGAUUUUGAUAUGGAUAACCCGUCAUCUGACGUGGGUGACAGCCAGGAUCAAGAUUCUCCGCUGCGCCGUCAAUUCUCUGAACCAUUCCGUCCACAGUCCACCUCUACUCAAAUUUCACAGUCUCCUGAGCUAGUGGCGCGGAAAAUAAAAUGCGACUGGUGCGGGAAACUGUUGGAACUUCCUGAAGAUGACUCGAUCUCCGAGGAAGAUUUGCUGAAUUUUCACAUUGCUUCAACCCACCCGAAUUCUCACUCAUUCGAAUAUGAGGAGGGUGAAGAUGGCGAGGAUGGAGUCGAUGCCGAUGAGCUUGAACUGGAUGAAGAAGAAACCUUGAACGACGCGUCUCAGUUUGAAGAAAAUGAAGAUGCAUACCAAGUUGAAGAGGGCGAUGACGUCGAGGGCGUUGAUGAAGCUGAAGAUGCUGAAGAUGCCGAAGACGUGGAAAUGACGGAACAGGCUGAGCUGGCAGAAGCUGAAGAUGCGGAGCCUAGCGAAGGAAAUGAACAAGAGCAAGGAACCCCCCUCGCGUCUGCGGUCAACGGUGAUAACAGUGAGGUCGACACCUCCAAAACCUCCAGCGUCAGCUUUCAAGUUGCACCCCAGGCCCAAGGAAAGCUGGAUACGCUUGAAUGGCUCUCAAAUCCCAGAGGUGCAUUUCCAGAGGACUUCCGCCGACGUCUGGCUACAUGGCAAGAGUCAGAUAUCAAGAAUCGCCUACCCAAAGUUUGGAACGUCCAUAAACCUGAGAUAUUCUCAGAUACUUAUGAUCAAGAUAUGGCUAAAGUUGAAGCUACUUGGCAACACGUCUUUGGCGACAAACCUAAGAAGAAGGAUGCAUUGGAGCCACUGGCACGACCAGUUCCUUACAAAAACUCACAAGUUUCCAAGGGUCAGUUCCUCGAAAUCAGCUCAUUCGACGAACUGAUAGAAACUCUUCGGAAGCCGGAGCUUCUUACACCCGAUGAGCUAUAUGCAGCCACUGAAGCUGUUGCGGCCGCAAUGAAGACAUGGCAGGAUGAAUACAUUGCUCUUGAUAAACUUUACAUUCGAACCCACCGACACUUCCGGGCCCCACUUCCCAGCGAUGCAAAGCGAGAGCAAAACGUCGGUCACAAAAAGCGAACAGGGCAACCGCUUGCCCGGGUCGCCGAGCAUGAACGCGACUUCGAGGACCGGAAGGAAUCAAUGCUAUACGGGUACAAGCACAAUUUCUUUGGUCACAACUUGAGCAAUGCAGUUAGCUGGGUUCCCCAGAACCCAUUCGUCCAAGGCGGGUUUGUCCCCACCCCCGCGCAAGCUCGAAAAAUGGCCACAAAAGUUGCCCCUGAUGAUCGCAACCCCGAUGGCUGGACACCCCUCCUGCGGGAUGGCGUGGAGUUUGUUCCCAAGCUAUGGGAGCUCCGACGAGAGCCGGUGGUGAAAGUGACGCGCAAGCGUAAAGCUGUGGAUACUGAGCCGGCCAAGGUCGAGGAGGCUGAGGACACGCAGAAUGAGUCUGAAAUCGCAGAGGAGAGUGAAGAGGACGCCCGCCCUGUGAAGCGACGAACUCGGGGCCGUGGUGGUCGUCGUACCACACUCGAUACUUAUCAACCCCCCGAGGCUCCAACCUCGGCCCCCCGUGGUCGUGGCGGUUCCCGGGCUCGUGGCCGUGGCCGUGGCCGAGGAACUGGCCGAACUACAUCAUCCCGCACAUCCCUCGACGCCCCCCAGUCUGCAGCAUUUGCUUCCCCAACCUCUUAUCGCGGCCGCGGCCGUCGGGGCGCGAGUAUUGUGAGCUCGACUACCCAGGCACACUCAGUGGAGGAGACUCCUACGUCUCUGCCUAAUAUCUCUCCCAUGCCAGAGGCAACUCCACCACCGAAGGCCAAUGCAUCUACGAAGCGAGAUGCCACAGCCGAAGAGAUGGAGGAGGCCCGACGACUAAAGAUCGCCAACUCCAAGAACCCCAAGCGCACGAAGGCCAUGCUGGAUCAUUGGGAACGAUUCAACCGCGAGGGUCGGAUUCGCAAUCCGAAACGGUCAAAGGCGCAAAUAGAGUCAGACCGACAAGACGACCCUAUCAAGUCAGACGCUCUGCCUCGAGCUCCUGGCCGGCGCCGGAAGUCUCCAUCUUUGGCUCCCAUCCCGAACGGCAACUUGGCCCCGAAGGCCCCGGUUGGGCCCCCCAUGACAAGUCACUUGGGCCCUGGGCCUACGCUACCGCCGCUUGGGAUGCCGCAGUAUGCGCCUCCUAAUCCCUACGCUCAACCACCACCCAAUGUGCCGAUAGGGCAGCAGUUGCCCCCGCAAUAUGCACCGUUUCCCUAUGUCCCCUAUGCCAUGAGUCACAUGCAGGGUCCUCCCCCGGGCCCUCAUUCAGCUCCUCAUCCAGGUCUUCAUCCAGGCCCUCAUCCCGGCCCACACCCUGGUUCCCAUCCUGGCCCGCAUGAUCAUCACCACCAUCGCCGUGCUGUUUGA